GAUACUUGUUUAACAGAGUAAAAAGGACAUUGAAAUAAUGAAAUCUUUAACAGGUCACUUAGACAACAAGACUAGCAUUAGGCGUGUCCUGGUGGUCACCUCAAUGAUUGCACUGCCGUACUCUGUUGUGCAAGGGGCGCUUGAGGUACUCACGCCAGACCAAGACUUCUAUGUUCCUGCCAAGGACUACGACCUCUUUGGCCAUGGUGGAUCACUCUUCUGGAUGAUAUCGUCCAUUGUCUUUACGCUGAUCUACUCAUUCAUCUUGGUUUUGAGACUUGACUGGCUGAGAAAGCGUUUCUUAUUCCUUCUGUGGAUGCCAAUGAAACGUGCCUUCUAUGUGUACCUUGGGUUCCUAGCAGGUCUUAACCUAAUCCAGAGCAUUGGGAGUGGCCUCUACCAUGCUCAUAUUACUGUGGGUUUGUGCCUAGUCAAUGCCACCACUUGGACUUACUUUUCCCUCCUGACGCCGCUUAUAUACUACACAUUCAUAUCAGAAUUCUUUGGUCAGAAAAGUCGGGAGCAAGUUGAGAACAUUGUCUUCUCAUAUAAGUCUGAAGAUGAUGAGGACACCAGUUCCCUGCCUCUUCCAGGUGCUGAGUUUCCACAGCAAAAUAUUUACCAGUCUGGAAGUGCUCCAUACAGCAGCCUGUCAGAAGAGGUUGGGAGUGAUGGCCAAACUCCAGUUAAUCCCUUAUACUCCGCUUCCCUCCAGAGCCCAGACUCUAUCACUGGAUAUUCCAUCAACUCCGUCGAUGAUAUUACUAUUAAUGCUUAUAAUAAGUCUCAGGCACAGUGAAACUGGUCAUAAUCAAUAUAAAGUGUGCAGAUUUGCAUCAGCAGGCCAGAAUAUUUGGUCUUAAACAUAUGUGAUGUUACUCUACAAUCCAAAGACUUUGAUAAGGACACAUUGGAAGAACAAUUUUGAAAACUUUGUUUUAAUUGUGUAAAUGAAUGAAUGGUAUCUAUUUUACUUGUGGAAGUGACUGAAUGAAUUGUGUCUCAAUUAUGUAUGUGAAUGACUUGAGUUUGUGUAUGUAAAUAUGUUGGAAAGAGCAUUUAAUUAGUGAAUGAAUGAAUGAAUGAAGAAGUGAAUUACUAUUUUUUUUGUAUGUGUGUGUAAGGGUUUGAAUUUGUUGGGUGGAUAAGUGUGCAUGUACGUGUUUGUAGAUAUGUGCCUGUCUAUAUGUAUGUGUUUGUUUUUGUGCACAUAUUUGUAUAUGGGUAUACAUGUAUAUGUGUAUGAGCAUAUGGUUCCACUUAUAUAUGUGUGUAUGACUAUGUGUUUACAUUUUUCAACUCAAGCACACAUACACACAUAUAUAUUAUACAGUAUAUAUAUUGUAUAUACUUCAUCAACUUCCAUCUCCAUUAUUGUCUUUAGAAGUUGCAGUAUAAAUAGUAUUUUGUACAUUGAAUGUGAAAUUACAAUUUUAGUUAUUAUAAUUUCUUGUAACCUUUAAUUUUAACUGUGAUCCAUCCAUUUUUCAGAAUUAUUUAUGUGUUUGUAGUGUUACAGGUAAUUAUUAUUAUUAAUAUUACUUACAUUUCAGUCUAGUUUAUGUUUUUUGGCCAUGUUUCCCAAUAUCUCUAUCUUGGUAUGAGAAAACUACCUUUGAGUUUGCUUGAGAUUUAUACCCAUUAAUACACAUUUGGAUUCUGUGGUUACAAAAUUGUGUCAGUUUUGUUCAGUAAUAUAAACAUAAUUUUAGUUGAAAUGUAGAAAUAUUGAUUAUUUUGUAUGCUUAGAAAUAUUCUAUUCAUACAGAAUUCUAGUGAGCAGUAAAAUCAGUUUCUUUGAUUAGAUUUGGGAAAGUUACUGUUUAAAUUUAAUUGGGAACCUUGAAAGAAAAUGGGUUAGUAGAGGGAAGAAUUAUGACAAAGCACAGGCAAUAUAUACUUGUAUAUUACUUACUGAUCUUAAAAUUUGUGUUAUUCAUUAUGUACUAGUAUGGAACCACUCGGAUGGUUGUUUUAUACAAAGUCUUUAAGUCUUUUCAUUCCAUUAUCACUCACACUCAUUGAUAUUCUUAAGUUGUGUAUGUCUUUUAUACUUUCUGUUGCUAGUCUCUCUUUCACACAUAAUUAUUAAAUCUGUAUAUGUGAACAUGCAUACACACACACACUGCUUAUGCACAUGCAUACCUGCAGUCAUACUCAUACUCACAAUCCUAAUUGCCCUGAUACUCGUACUUAUUCAUUUACUCAAUUGCACAUUUAUCACUCACUCUGUCGGCACUUACACUCAUUCAUGCUUACUUACUAACUUGCUUGAACUCUAAUGAAUUCAUAUGUACUUUUACUCACUCACCUACUCAUUCACCCACUCACUCACUCACUCACUCACUCACUCACUCACUCACUCACUCACUCACUCACUCACUCACUCACUCACUCACUCACUCCACUCACUCA